CGGACAUUCGGGCUCUGUUAUGGCGGCGCUCGGCCGGGAGCUGAGGUGGUCUGCGGUGGCCUGGAAUGAGCUAUGACCCGGCUCCUGGGCGUGGUGCACAGAGUGGCUUUGGCCAUUGUGGGCUGCAGUAGCCCGAGCUGCCGCAGUCUUGCCAUGUUCUAUGCCGUGAGGAGGGGCCGCAAGGCCGGAGUCUAUCUGACCUGGGAUGAAUGCAGAGCACAGGUGGACCGGUUUCCUGCAGCCAGAUUUAAGAAGUUCGCCACAGAGGAGGAAGCCUGGGCCUUUGUCAGGUCUGCAAGCCCCAGUGAUUCAGGAGGGCAAAAAACUAAACACGUAGAAGAACCACAAGUGAAAGCAAGCAAGCGACUCCAUGAGCCCCUGGAUGAGGGUGAAAAGGCAGAGCCGUGUGCAAAGCACGUGAGACAGAGCACAGAGCCACCACCUCCAGUUAGCAAAGACAGCUUUUCUUACAUGGGGGACUCUGUGGUCGUCUAUACCGACGGCUGCUGCUCCAGUAACGGGCGCAAGAGGGCCCGAGCGGGAAUCGGCGUUUACUGGGGGCCGGGCCAUCCUCUAAAUGUGGGAAUUAGACUUCCUGGGCGACAAACCAACCAAAGAGCAGAGAUUCGUGCAGCCUGCAAAGCUAUCGAGCAGGCUAAGGCUCAGGACAUCACUAAGCUGGUUCUCUACACGGACAGUAUGUUUACCAUCAAUGGCAUCACCAGCUGGGUGAGGGGCUGGAAGCGGAAUGGCUGGAGGACCAGCACCGGGGAGGAGGUCACCAACAAGGAGGACUUCGUGGAGCUGGAGCGGCUGGCGCAGGGCAUGGACAUUCAGUGGAUGCAUGUCCCUGGCCAUUCGGGAUUCAGAGGCAACGAAGAGGCGGACAGAUUGGCGAGAGAAGGCGCGAGGCAGCCCGCAGACUGAGCCGGUGCUGUAGCUCCUGAAACCCUAAGCCGAGGCCCAUGUCCCCUUUACUUUCCGGGGUGAAGAAUAAAGCUACAGGCUGGGCCCCACCGUCUGUGGGCAGACCCGCCUUUCAGACCGAACCCAGAAGGCGGGCUGGUGGUCUGUGGUGUGUGCAGUAAAGCCGGUCGGAUGGUUGGUAGAUUGAACAUCCGUUCAGAUUUGAGAAUUUUGUGAGAUCUUAGCAUUAUGCUUUAUCGGGCUCGAUACUGUUCUCAUUAGCUGUAUUGCAGUUUGGACAAAAAUGUCAGGGCCUUGAUUUCACAAGGACAAGGUCAACACGGGUUUAAAAACGCAGGCGAGAAGUCUAGAUGUUUUCUGAAAGUGUUCAUUUUCCUUCCAGUUGGCAGGAUGGAGUCAGGACUCUCAGGUGGACCUGUGCCUACAUGGGUUGGAGGUGGGUGCAGCGCACCACCCGCCCCAGGACCCAGGACCCAGGACCCAUGCCCAGCCAAGGGGAUGUGGCUGCGCCUGGUGGGCAUGAGGGGGGCCGCCUGCUCCCGCAGUCCCGGCUGCGUGCCCGCCAGGUAGCAGCGGUCAUGGCGUCUGAAGACUGCGGUUGUAAAUGGAUGCUGUAAAGGUGUCUUUGGUUAUUUUUGUUAAAAGCACCUUGAAAAUUAAAAACUUUAACGUUUUUUUCUUCUAUUACAAAUAUUGUCAUAAAAGCAUGCAGAAAUGAUACAAAAUAAAUGGACAGAUUAUUGAA